GUUAACAGUCAGACCAAGACGUCAUUUCCGUGUGUCUCGCGGACGCACGAACGGAUGCAGGAUCACGUGAGGCGCGCGGUUAGAAGGAAGAUGGCGGAAUUGUCGCUGUACCUCAGCAACGUUUCCGUGUCCCUGGCGUCGAACAUGGAUGUGGAAAAGACCACCGGGAGGGAUUUUGAAAGCGUGGAGCUCGGAGAUCAGGUAAAGAAGCGGCAAAAGUUGCCCCGCAGGACUAUCCACUUUGCCAGUGGAGAAAUCAUGGAGGAGUACAGCACAGAUGAUGAGGAGGAUGAGGAGGAGGAGGAGAAGGUGCAGAAGAGGGAUCUGACUGCUGCAGUGGACCCUUCAAAGAUGACCUGGGGGCCAUUCUUUUGGUUUUAUAUGUGGAGAGUUGCCACAUCCACCUUAUCAGUUUGCGACUAUCUGGGAGAGAGAAUGGCCUCAUUGUUUGGCAUCACAUCCCCAAAGUACCAGUAUGCUAUUGAUGAGUACUACAGGGUGAAGAAAGAGGAAGAAGAAGAGGAGGAGGAGAACAAAUUGUCAGAGGAAGCAGAGCGCCACUUUCAGGAGCAGCAGACUGCAGAGAGGAAGCAGGCAAUGACUGAGCAGCCAGAGGGAUCUGCCUCUUUUGUCAACGUCACCUUUGAGUCAGAAGAAGAGCCCAAGGCUUCACUGGACACCAGCAGAGUCCCAGCACCCCUCCCCUCCUAAUCAGCCAUUAAAAAUAGGUCCUACUUUCUACAUUUUCUCCAUGUUUGUUAGAUUGGUGAUGGUUCAGUGGUUGCUUUCUGUAACAAGAAAAUUUACACAUUCAGACAUGGCAAAAAAAUGGUCAGGAUCAAAGGCAUGUUUGCAACUGACCCUCUUGUGCUAAUCCCAGGGAUUCACCUGGAUUAGCUGACCAGUCUAGGUUCCACAAAGUCUCCUGAUCAUAUUUUUACUCUGGUGGCCUUUACACAGAGCACCUGAAACUGUUACAUGGGAAUAAGGCCUGUCUACUUUGUGGUAGAGAAUGAUGGAUGUUCAAAGGCUUGCUAUAUUGGUGUAAAUUAUUUACUGGAUGCCUUUUUAGUGUGUCACAGAAACAGAAUGUAUAGAAAAAUGUACCCCAUUGAUAAAACAGGUUUUUAUUUUGCUUAGGACUUAGUGUUUCACUGGUCAGUUAAGAAUGGUCUGUAUCAUUUACAUCUUAGUUGGGAACCAUAAUUUGGCCUAAAAUGCAUCAGUUUCUAUCUGAAUUUAGUAUUCAGUGGUGAACUGAUAAUUCAUAAUGAUUCUUCAUACAACUGACACUUCUAGAUUCAGCUCUAAAUCCAGUAUUAUGUGUAAUGGUAUACAGUGAGGGCUAACCUUUUGCCUCUCAAAUACUGGAAACCCCUGGAAACUCGAUUAGUAUGUCGUUGUUUAUGAAAUGUUUUGGACAGACCUCCCUACGGGACCUCAUUCUCCCUGUACUGUGGUUCUAGCAUACCUCUCAAUGUCCUGAGGGACAACUGUCAGAACUGACAAGAAAUUGACUUGCAUCCACUGAAAAGAAUAGACCUGCACACAAAAUAUUAACCUUGCUUCUCAGGGUGAGCUCCCUAUCUAUAUCAUACUCAUACAUCUAUCCAGUCCAGUAGGUGGAGCAGCGAGGCUCAACCAAGACUUUCUUUAGAAAGGGAACAUGUUGACAAACUUAAAACAUUGUUCUUAUCACAUUGUUUUCUUUCCCAAUUUUUUAAUGGGAUCAUGUAUUUUGUUUUGUUUUCUAUAUAAACUUGUUUAAAUAGUCUUUAUUUUGUUAAAUAGCUAUACUUCAGGGAUUUAUGCUAAGGAUGAUGGAGUACUCUUGUAAUUUAUACUUUAUACUAUGACAGUGAACUGCAGAAAUAAAUCUUUGUUUUAAAAGAAUGUAUUAAUGAAAAACUAAGGGAUGAGACUGAGGUUAUUGUACUUUGGACAUAUGGCAAUGGACUUGUGAAAAAACUAAAGCUUGGGAAAGUAUAAGGAAAAAUUAGGGGAUUACCAUCAGCCAAUUGCAUGGAUUCAGUCACACUGACAAUGGACAACACCUUUCAACAUUACAACAAGUAAAGGACAGGUUUUUGGAAGCACUCUUGAUAUGGUUGCCAAGAGUCAACAUUGCCUUGAUGACACAAUGUUUUUAAUAAUUUGGGAAACGUAUAUUGAAUACAGUUUAAUAAAUGAACAAUAAUUACA